AAAUAAAAAUAUAUGGAUAAUUCUACAGAGCUCAUCAUAGCAGAGGAAGAAGAGAAGAGAAUAGUCUCUCUUCGAUUUCAGAGCUAAAAAGCUUGAAACCAAGAUUUCAAUGGCGGUUUCUUCAGUAUCUGCAACCUUAAUCCCUUCUCUUUCUCUCUCUACUUCCUCUUCUUCUUCAUUUAAACCAAAGUUUUCUCCUUUUUCUUUACACUUUGCUAACUCCUCCGCUAAGCUCAGAACUGUAAAACCUUCACAGUCCUCAACUAGGGUUUAUGCUGCUCCUGAAGUGUUGGAACCCCCUCCAGAAACAUUAGAUGAGUCUGGUGCCGAGACCCUUGAGGUUGGAGGUUCUGAGAUUCCUAGUACUUCCUCAAUCAGCAUUGGUGCUGAUGCUGACAAGGUUGCGCCGAAGCAAAAAAUCAGGAUUAAACUCAGGUCAUAUUGGGUGCCAUUGAUAGAGGACUCUUGUAAGCAGAUAAUGGAUGCUGCAAGAAAUUCAAAUGCGAAAACCGUUGGACCAGUGCCCUUACCAACCAAAAAGCGGAUUUACUGUGUUCUAAAAUCCCCUCACGUUCACAAGGAUGCAAGAUUCCAUUUCGAAAUUCGUACUCACCAGCGCCUCAUUGAUAUUCUUUACCCAACUGCACAAACAAUAGAUUCUUUGAUGCAACUUGAUCUCCCUGCCGGGGUUGAUGUGGAGGUCAAGCUAUGAUAAAGUGGAGCUGACACCGCUUAGUGUUAGGUGUUGGAAGUCUUCUCUUUCGACUGAGAACGGUUUAUUUUGUUGAGGGGUGACCGUGGCUAGAACAAAAGUUUGUACAAACCAGUUCCCAUCUUCUCUUUCAGAAAUCUCUCUGCUUUUUUUGAUGUCUUGUUAGGCAACAUUUUAUGUGAACACAACACUGCCUGCCAAUAUGAGGAAAUUUCAUAUAGUGUGUCCACAGUAGUAUUUUAUAUAUAUGUAUGCUUUGUAUUUUCUGUUGAUUUUUCUUUUUGAUGGAUAUGACAACAUAUCAUAACCAGUUCUCUUAUAUUAAAAUCUAGACCUUAUUCAGUUCAA